AUGUUGAAACAAUUCCCCAUCAGCUGCACCAAACCCAAACGGCCAUGUGAUUUGAACCCAUGCAAGAACGGAGCAACAUGUGAGGCAUACGCCAACGUCACCAGAGUGUGCAGAUGUUUGCCAGGUUUUUCUGGAGACUCAUGUGAAAUUGAUAUUGAUUACUGCCAGCCAAGUACAUGUAAGAACAAUGGAACUUGUAUUGAUGGGGUAGGCGCCACUCUGUCCUGUGUCUGUAAUGGAAGUUUUUCUGGAAACUUCUGUGAGGUGUAUGUCAGCAGAUGUAAUCCAAACACAUGCCCAGGUUUCGGUCAUUGUGUGGACAAUUACCUGACCAAUCAGGUGGCGUGUAUAUGCCAGGAUGGAUUUGUAAAAGACAACAAUGGCAGCUGUGUAAUCAAAGAAGAUGCCUGCAACCCCAGUCAGUGCCAACAUGGAGGAAACUGUACCAAAGUUGGUGACUCGUACACUUGUACCUGUCCACAAGGUUAUGAGGGUGCCAACUGUCAACACAACAUCAACGACUGUGACCCCAACCCCUGCCAGAAUGGAGGAAACUGCACUGACCUUGACCCACCACCCCAGUCUGGAGAUAAAUUUAUUUGCCGCUGUCCUGCUGACACUUCCGGAGCCACCUGUACAGACAGCUACAACAUCUGCCAACCCAGCACCAACCCGUGUAAUGCCAACCACAGCAGCUGCACAGAUUUGUACAGGGACUACACUUGUGUGUGUGACCCAGGGUACUAUGGCAAGAACUGCUCGGUAUCAGACAUCCUGUGCCAGUCAUACCCCUGCCGUCAUGGCGGCACCUGUGUCCAGCUGUCCAACUCCUACACCUGCCAGUGUGGCCGCAGCUACACCGGCACCAACUGCAGCACGGAGCUUGACCACUGCCAGCCAUCCCCCUGUCUCAAUGGGGGCUCCUGCCUCAGCUACAACCUGGGCUACAGGUGUUCCUGCUUGUCUGGUUACUAUGGCAACAGAUGUGAGACCAAGUACAGCAUGUGUGAUUUAGUGAACCCCUGUGUGGGGGCAGGGAGCCAGUGUAGCUUUACAAAUGGGACCAUUACCUGCUCCUGUGGACCUGGCCGCAACGGGACCUUCUGUGAGAUUGAGGACAUUGUGUGCUCACCAACAUCCUGCUCCAAUGGUGGCACCUGUGUUGUGACGUCAUCUGGUCUGACAUGUCAUUGUGCUCAAGGUUUUGAAGGAGACCAGUGUGAGAAGAGAAUCAACCUGUGUGCGGUCACCACCUGUCCAUCAGACCCCUCAUGUAACACAAGUCUCCCUGGACCAACCUGUCUGUGUGGGGGGAACAUGAUGGGGGCAGAUUGUAACAAAGUUGUCUCCCAUGAGUUUGAUGUCCUGGUCAUGCCUGAGUUGACCUACCAGGACACAGACUACCAGCAGCUGGUCCAGCCAAUCAACAGCUCAGCUCUCUCCUGCAGUGUCUGGGUCAGGUACACCAGGGCAGUGACCCCUGGGGUCAUACUCUCACUCUACGGCCUCGGCCCAGAAAGCAACUUCUCUGACAGCACUGACCUGCUGAGGUUAGAGGUCAACCAGGCUGUGUUGGGGUUUGGUGGGACAAGAGUCCUUUCAUACAACAAAACUCUGAAUGAUGGAGUGUGGCACCAUGUUGGUCUGUCUUGGAGCAAGUCUACAGGGACUGUGGUGUUGUAUGUUGAUGGUCAGCUGGUGGCAGAGAUCAGCAGUUACGCCAAGGAUCAACCAAUCAACACGUUCUGUUGGCUUGUACUUGGAGGUGUCUACAGUAAAACCUCCAACACACUGGACCACACAAAUGGCAUGACAGGCAGGCUCAGCCGCGUAUUUGUUGUGGACCAGGCACUGACAGCAGCAGAACUGGUGGAACUUUACACCAACAAAACAGCUGUCCCUAAGGGGGUGCUGUUUGGUUUUACAGUUGCCAUGGCAAUGGGGACUGCUGCCCCUGUGGAUUUUAACAGUGAGCUGACGUCUGGGCUGUGCCUCACAGCUUCUUCUUGCAAAAGUCUCAACCAAAGUUUCCCAAAGUUUAUCUCCUGUCCAAAAGACCAAAUGCUAAUAUCAGAGAGAGUGAGCUCCCCUACAUGGACCACACCAGUGGCGCCACCGUCUAACGGCAGCACAAGUGAGCUGACCACGCUGGUGUCUGGUGAGACACAGAUGGAGUGGGGAGCUUACGCUGCCACCUACGCCAUGUUUGACCUGCAGGGUAGCACUGACCUGUGCUCGUUCAAGAUUUUCAACAGACGUAAACCCUGCCUGCGGCCUGUGACAGAACCAAACCAGAUGCAGGUGUGUGUGCAGGUCAACAACAGCCUGCGCUGUACGGUGGAGUGUAACAGCGGGCUGAAGCUGUCCGCGGAGGCACCGCGGUACUACAGCUGUGGCACGUCAGGCAUGUUUGACUCCCUGGAGAGGAUCCUGCGCUUUGAAUAUCCGUCCUGCUCAGUCUGCUCCCCACCAUUGAAAGACUACAUCAUCCAGGUGUUCUACUAUUUUUACAACACCUCAGUGUGCUCGUCUCUACCUCAACAAAUUCUCACCUCACUGGUAGACCUGCAGGCUGUAUGGCCUGGUGUCUGUGGUUCAAAUCCCUGUCAGAACACCAUUGUAACAGUAGACUGUACUCAAGCUUAUGGUGGCCAUGUUACAUGGAAACUCACUUCUGUUAGCUCGCCUCUAAAAAAGUUUGAUGGGCCAUUAACUCAGGAUGUGGAACAAUUAAUUACUGCAGCAUUUGUUGAUGAUGGCUCCUUCACUUAUAGUGGGCAAGCUACUCCAGAUGUACAGUCCCUGGUUAUCUCUCCUGUCUCAAGUUGUUUAAACGGGACAGUGCUAAUAGGAAACUGCUGUGCUGAGUGUGGCCUGGGAUACUACUACGACACAGACAGGAAGAUGUGUGUAGCCUGUCCUAGAGGGUCCUACCUGGGGAGCACAGGUACCACAGGUACAGCGGAGGACAACAGGUGCCAGAGUUGUCCUGCUGGGACAACCACAAGCCACGUGGGGACACAUUCACAGGCAGACUGCUACAACUUUUGUCCAGAAGGAAACUUUUAUAACGAGACACUUGGAGACUGCCAGUCAUGUCCAUCUGGGUUCUACUCCAGCUCUGGCGGUCAACUGUUCUGUGAUGCCUGCAGCUAUACGUCAUCAACAACUGGGUCAAGUGGCGACGUACGUGCUGCAUGUUCAGAAAACCCGACCACAACACAAGUGACCUACCCAACCACAACACAAGUGACCUCCCUGCCAGAUGCAUUGCCAGCGGUGGGAGCCUCCACAGCAGAAGACCCAGUGCUGUUCAAGCUGCUGAUUGUCCUGGUGUGUCUGCUAAUCCUGAUCCUGCUAGUUGGCCUCGUCUUGUUCUUCUGCUUUAGGGAGUGGCUGGAGCGUACGUGUACGUGUCUGCGCUCUAACAAGGUCGUGCCUGAUGGCCCAACACCCUGGUACUACGUAAACAAGUACGGUGAGACCAAAAUAAAGUUUGUGACAUACAAGAUGAGGGAUGUAAUCAGUAACUGUGCUGAUAGAGUGGUCUCCCUGUCUGAUGAAGGUUAUCACCAGUUUGAUAGAGUUAUCCCCCUGUUAGAUGACAGCCCCCAGCCUGUUAAGCUAGCUGUCUUGUCAGAGCAGAGUUCAGGAAAUACAUUCAGGCGAAGAAAUGUUCCUGACAGUAAAAUGGUGGAAGCUGAUGAGGGUAAAUUAAAAAGUUUACCAGAGGAACCAGCCGUAACAAAUGUUGUUCAACUAGAGCCACAGAAUGAUCUGCUGACUUCAAAAGCGGAGUCCAUGCCUGUGGCCUUACCCCCUCUAAAGACCAGCAACAGAGCGCUGACUGUACCUGAAGGUAACACGUCUGCCAUCAAAAGACCACCAAGUGCUUUCAGAAAACCCAAACCCAGCCUGCUACAGGUGCCAUAUGAUGCGUUUCUUCAGCCUGGCAACAAACAAAAUUUGACAUGAGUCUAGUGAAUCUACACCUGCGUGGCUGCGUCUACAGUUUCAAGAUUUGUUGAUAUUUAUUUAUUCAUUUAUUCAAAUUCAAAUUGUAUUUUCUUAAAGGAAACAAGCAUUACAUGCUUAAUGAAUUGAAAUAUUUGAAUAAGAAAUGUUAAAAUAAUUGGAACAAAUAUUUAUUAUUUGAUGUAAUUUUUUAUAUU